AUGGAUUUUGGUUAUGUCAUCGAUAAUAUUGUUUCUCUUUGUUCCUCUUUAGACAUUGCUACACACAGAGGUAAAGAAUUCAUUCUUAGCUUUAUCGCUCAGCACAUCAAGCUACCAUCGGUACCAUACGACCCAGGGAACAACACGCUUUACAUCACGACCUUCGAAAACACCAAAGUCAACGUUCACGUUCCUGCUCUAAAAGGCCAACAAGGGGAUCAGCAGUUCUCUGUGAGCGCUCUGGGCGUUAAAGUGGUCACUUUACCAGGAAAAUUACGUUUUGGUGAAUUAACUGGAAAGGGCACAAAGGGUAUUCGAAUCACAGCAAAUAAACCGAUAUCCGUUUAUGGAUAUGGAUGGAUUCUCCUAGGGUCGCAGCACAUUGGUGAAGGCUUCCUUGGGUUACCUGUGGAUGUACUCGGAAAGGAAUACAUUGUCCCAACGUACUCUCCUAUAGGAAGCUCGAUUGUGCAGGUUGUAGCUAAAGAAGACAAUACCCAGGUGUCUUUUAUGUUGCGCCUACCGAGGGGUGGAAGAGUUCAUUAUGAAGAUAGAUAUUUGUAUAGUGGAGACCUUAUUAACACGACUCUAAAUGAUCUGGAAGUGUUUCAAGUUCAGGGCGAUAGUGAUCUCAGUGGAACAGUGGUGACAUCAUCCAAACCUGUUGCUGUAUUUUCUGGGGAUGACUGUACUAUGGUGCCAGCUAGCACAUUCCCGUGUAAUCACCUUGUUGAGCAAAUCCCUCCGGUAAGCUUUUGGGGUAAGGAGUUUAUUACCAACCCAACACCUAAUAAUUCUGGUGGAGAUGAAUUUCAUAUCAUUGCAUCAAAAGAUAACACAGACGUUAACGUGGACUGGCAGAAAAAAGAGACCCUUAACAAGGGGGAUAAAUACGAAAUUUCUGUACCUUGGAAUAAGACUUCGCUGAUAACCACGUCUAAUCCUAGUCUUGUUGUGCAAUACACCAGCGGUGAUGGCAGCUCGCCAUCAAUGAGUAUUGUGCCCCCAACACAGUGCUCCUGGAAUGACUACACAGUUUACGUUCCAGGCGUUGAUGUAUACGUAAAUGUAAUCAUUGACACCGCUUCACGAAGCGGCCUUGGCGUUAAAGGCCCAGUAGCCAGUGGGUCAUUUAAGUGGGAGACUCUUUCAAGGGAACGUUCCCUGGGUUCACUUCAUUUAAACACAACUGGAGUUUAUCAUAUUUAUCAUAAUGACCUUCUUGUCAACUUUACAUCCGUUAUGUAUGGCACUUUUUCCGUGGCGAGGUUCUCAUUCCCAGCUGGCUUAAGGUGGGAGUUGCCCAAUGACCAGAGAUGUACAAAUUCCACGAUACAUGGAGGUGAUGGCAUUGACAACGACUGCGAUGGCAUAACUGAUGAAGAAUUAUUCAAUGGCAAGGACGAUGACAACGAUGGUCAAAUUGACGAAGAUCUGGUCACAGCACGACCGAAUGCUACAUUUCCCAAGGAUUACCUUUCACCGCCAUUAUUAUCGUGUGAUUCAUCCUCAAAUGUAGACGAUCCUAAGCAAGCGGGAUUUUCCCCAACUGUGGUCUCUACUUCGGCUCUGUGCUCUAUACGUGGGGAUGCAACAGUCCACCGUGACGACAAAACUGUCAAGUCUGGCCCUUGCUAUCGUGAAAUCGACCGAACAUGGAAGGUCAAAGAUGGUUGCGGUAAUGAGAUCAAGCAUGUACAACAUCUAGCUAUUAGUUUUCCAAAUGAUCCAAAGUUGACUUUUCCACCGAAUGUAACCCUCUUUUGUAGAGACAGGAAGUACCUGGAUCCUACAUUUACUGGUAAAGUUUUGGCGGAAGUUGAUCGGUGUCUUAGAAAUGUUACCAUCUCCCCCCACAAGGAUACGUUCUAUGGAGAAUGUUCCACCGAGAAAGCUAAAAUAGAGCGAGUGUGGACAGUGAUAGACAAAUGUCGCGGUAACAUCGUAAAGACUCAAGUGAUCAAGCUGGUGCCUAAAGGUUAG